CAAAUAGGUAUCGCUUCCCUGUAAAAAAUAAAUUAAUUGAUAUGGCCAAUUCGUGUAAAGAAGAUUUUCUAUCGAUACCAAUUGAUAAACUAAUGCAAUGGAGAGGAGGAAGCUGGGUAAAAUACAGUGGCAAUGGCAAUGAAAUACAUGUGACGGUACAUUUUGAUCAAUUACUAAUAAGAAGCAAUGACAAAGUAUUAGAAUCCAUUAAUUUGACGGAAAAAGCUAAGGGUUUUUUUAAAAGAGGUGUUUUAAUACUUGUUGUUAACAGUCCGUCCCAAGGGAUACGGAAAAUCAAAUUUAAUAUAAAGAAUAAUGCAAAACUUUAUCUGGAUAAACUGGGUAAAUAUUUACCUGUUUGGAGUCACAAUCUAAAUGAUCCAAGUACUUUACGGUUUGUUAAGAUUGAAGAAGUCAUGAAACGAGCGCUCAGUGAACAAGGCAGAUCAUAAAAACACGUCUACGAUGCCAACAGAUUUUACCAACUUUGUGAAAUUGUGUCUUUUGGAUCCCAAAUUUCCUCAAAUAGUAAUGGACACUGAAAAAGUUCUCGAUUCUCUGAAAUAGUUUGAAUAGCUCAAUACCAAGCUCAAUACAUUUUUUUUUUAAAUAAUUACUUAUAAGGUUUAUUGUUAAAUAAAACAGAAUAAAAUGUGAUCUUCGACUAAUAAACCUAA